AUGGAAAGCAUGCUACCGCGUCACUUGGAUGCGACCCCGGAUGUACUCUGGACAACACUGGCCUCCCUCCGGGGUGGCGGUACCGCAGCAGCGCUUGUGACCCUGCUCUUCGGCUUCGGCACGCUGCUCUUCUAUGGCGGUUCUCGCUGCCGCCGGGAUGGCGCAGUGGAUGCACAAGGGCAAAGUGGAGGAGGUGCCGCGGAGCCCACGCCUGGACCGGCCGCCCACCCGUUGGAGGAGCGGCUCGCCGCCCACACCAAGUCAGUGCUAGACCGGCUCAAGAUGGUGCAGGACCUCCAGCUCACGGCCAACAGCAACCGGGUGGCGGACCACAAACAGCUCCUUGAUCGCAUGAACAAGACGGACCAGAAGAUCCAGGAGCUGCGGGACAGAGUCGAGCAACUGACCCCCAAGGACUACACCACGCCUCUUGCAGACAUCAAGACCAACCUGCUGGCGCUACACAAGGGGGUCAAGCAGGACAUCACGGUCGUUCGGGGAGACACAGCGCAGCUGCUGGCCGCUGCGCAGGGCACCCAGGGCGCGCUGACCACUCUGCAGGCCAAGUUGGGGACGGUCACCGCGGUUCUCGAUGCGCUGCCCGAGGACCUCCAACGCAUGACCGCGCAGGACUCCGAGGCUGCCCAGAAGGCAUUUACUACCGUGGGUGAGGUCAGUGACAUGGUCUGGUCUCUGCAGGAAAGCCAGAAAGAGCUGCAAAACCUUUUGGAGGCAACCGCGACGGCGCCCCCGAUGCAAGGCUCGGCGCCCACGCCGGGGGCCUCUAUGCCGCCACCAGCCCCGGCGCCACGUGUGCCACAUCCGAACGCGCCCGUCAUCAGCUUGGCAGAGACAGUGCCUGGGCCGAACACCCCGCAUCGCGGGCAGGCCUUAGUUCUGCUUCCAGGUGGUGGGCAACUCACCCUGGACGCCCAAACAUUGGCGAGGUUGUGCUUCCAUUGA